UGGCGUCUGUAGAGCAAAUGAAAUAACCUCAUUGAUGCUAUUUUACGCGUUAUUUACUAGAUUAUAGGUGAAGUGUGUACUGUUUAUUUUAUUAAUAGUGAUUGAAAAGAAAUAAGAAGUUUACCAUGGCGGAUGCUGCUGCGAGACAGCUCCAGUACGAGUAUAAAGCGAACUCGAAUCUCGUACUCCAAGCCGAUGUGAGGCUUAUAGAGAGACGUGGUCGCGAUGAGGCGACCGGCGAGGUGUUGUCUCUCGCCGGCAAGCUCACAGGCACUCGCAUGGGCGAUAGAGCGCAGAGAACUAAACCAGAUAAGGCUGAAGAACGGAAGGCGAAACGACAAAAACGCGACGAAGCUACCUACGAGCUAUCCAAAUCUAAAUCAGCGCGUACCGCAUGGGCGGACGACACUCCAGCCGGCGUACUGUACCGACCGCGGGCACAGCAUACGAGACACGCAUAUGAGUUACUACUAGCGUUCAUACAGAGUGCGCUGGCUGAUCAGCCCAGGGAUAUUUUGUGUGGGGCGGCUGAUGAGGUACUUGUAGUGCUAAAGAAUGACAAAUUAAAAGAUCCAGAGAGAAAGAAGGAAAUUGAACUACUGCUUGGACCAAUACCAGAUGAGAGGUUCGCCCUGUUGGUUAAUUUAGGCAAGAAAAUAACGGACUUCAAUAUAAGCACGUCAGCGGAGGGCAACACAGAGAUUGACGAGACGUACGGUAUCAAUGUGCAGUUUGAGGAGUCUUCGGAGGAGGACGAUGAGGAUGCUUAUGGAGAGGUGCGCGACGAAGAGAAAGAAGAUGGCGAUGGUUCUGACAAUGAGAAAGAGAAGGAAAGCAGCGCCAGCGACGAGAGCGACGGAGAGGGGAAGAAGAAUGCUAUACAUGCUAAUCUUUCCGAAGAGCAAUCACAAAAGAGGAGAGACGCUACACUACACCCGAUGGACAUUGAUGCGUAUUGGUUGCAAAGAAGAUUGUCCAGACACUUCCCAGAUGCAAUGCUGUCGCAGGCGAAAUCCAGUGAAGUAUUACAAGCAUUAGCUGAAGCGUCUGACGACAGAGACUUGGAGAAUAGACUAGUGUUGUUGCUCGGAUACGAUUGCUUCGAUUUCGUGAAGAUAUUGAACAAGUAUAGAUAUAUGAUACUAUACUGCACGAAGUUAGCGUCAUCCCAGUCGGAGAGCGAAAGAGCGUCGAUACGAGACGAGAUGUCGAAGCAGGCGCAUCUACAGAAGAUAUUAGCUCAACUGGAGACGGGGAAAGGGGAUGAGGAGAUGAAAGAACAAUCGGAACAGCCACGCAAACGUCAGAAGACAAGCGACCAAGCGAACUGGGGCGGUCAAGUUGCUGGCAACAGGAAGGUGCUGCAGUUGGAGGAGCUGGUGUUCGCAGCUGGAUCACACCUGAUGGCCAAUAAACGGUGCCAACUGCCUGCUGGAUCCUUCAGGAAGCAGAGGAAAGGUUACGAAGAAGUACACGUGCCGGCGCUAAAGCCGAAACCGUUCGAAGAGGACGAAACGCUGGUGGCGAUAGAGAAGUUGCCGAAGUAUGUGCAACCGGCGUUUGAGGGCUUCAAGACACUGAAUAGGAUACAGAGUCGCAUAUCAAAAGCGGCGCUAGAAUCCGACGAGAACCUGCUAGUAUGCGCGCCGACCGGUGCCGGCAAGACCAAUGUUGCCCUCCUCUGUAUACUGCGCGAGUUGGGAAAGCACGUGAACGACGAUGGCACCGUCAAUGUGGGAGAUUUCAAGGCUAUUUAUGUGGCUCCGAUGAGAUCGCUCGUGCAGGAGAUGGUGGGCAACUUCAGCAAGCGCCUAGCGGCAUACAACAUGAAGGUAUCCGAGUUAACGGGCGACCAUCAGCUCACCAGAGAGCAGAUAGACGCGACACAGUUGAUCGUUUGUACGCCGGAGAAGUGGGAUAUUGUUACUAGGAAGGGCGGUGAAAGAUCCUUCACCAAUCUAGUGCGUUUGGUGAUCAUCGAUGAAAUACACUUACUGCACGAUGAAAGAGGUCCAGUUCUAGAAGCGCUCGUAGCGAGAACGCUACGUACAGUCGAACAAACGCAGGAAGCUGUGCGUCUAGUAGGGCUGUCAGCCACACUACCGAACUACACGGACGUAGCCGCGUUCCUUCGCGUCAAACCGGAGAAGGGCUUGUUCUAUUUCGAUAAUUCUUUCAGGCCAGUAGCGCUAGAACAACAGUACAUCGGUGUGACCGAAAAGAAGGCGCUCAAACGGUUCCAAGUCAUGAACGAUAUUGUAUACGAAAAGGCGAUGGAACACGCGGGAAGGAAUCAGAUCCUAGUGUUCGUCCAUUCUCGCAAGGAAACCGGAAAAACGGCGCGCGCCAUACGCGACAUGUGCCUAGAGAAAGAUACGCUGGGGCACUUUUUGAGAGAAGGCUCAGCCAGCGUCGAAGUGCUGCGUACGGAAGCUGAACAAGUGAAAAACCCGGAAUUGCGCGAACUAUUGCCUUACGGUUUCGCGAUACAUCACGCGGGCAUGAGCAGAGUGGACAGGACGUUGGUCGAGGAUCUGUUCGCCGAUCGGCAUAUACAGGUGCUAGUUUCAACCGCAACCCUUGCUUGGGGUGUGAACUUACCCGCACAUACAGUAAUAGUGAAGGGCACGCAAGUGUACAGCCCGGAGAAGGGCAGGUGGACGGAGCUGGGCGCGUUGGACGUGCUGCAGAUGCUGGGAAGGGCUGGUCGGCCGCAGUACGACACCAAGGGCGAGGGUAUCCUUAUAACGAAUCACUCGGAGCUGCAAUACUACCUGUCGCUGCUGAACCAGCAGCUGCCGAUCGAGUCUCAGCUUGUCAGCAAGCUGCCGGAUAUGCUGAACGCUGAGAUCGUGCUCGGUUCAGUGCAGAGCGUGCGCGAUGCUGUGACGUGGCUCGGCUACACAUACCUAUACAUACGGAUGCUGCGACAGCCCGCGCUCUACGGGAUCCCCGCUGAGAAAAUGCAAGAUGACAACUUGUUAGAGUUGCACAGAGCCGAUUUAGUGCACACGGCCGCUAGUUUGUUGGACAAGGCCGGACUAAUAAAAUACGAACGCAAAUCGGGCCACUUCCAACCGACCGAACUGGGUCGUAUAGCCUCACACUUCUACUGUACAUAUGAGACAAUGCAGAACUACGGGCAACUGUUGAAGCCGACCCUGGGCGAAAUUGAGUUGUUCCGUGUGUUCUCGCUGUCGGCUGAGUUUAAAAAUAUCACUGUGAGGGAUGAAGAGAAGCUGGAGUUGCAUAAGCUGAUGGAAAGGGUACCAAUACCCAUAAAAGAGAGUAUAGAAGAGCCAUCUGCAAAAAUUAACGUGCUGUUACAAGCGUAUAUAUCGCAGUUGAAACUAGAAGGUUUCGCGCUAAUGGCCGAUAUGGUGUACGUCACGCAGUCUGCGUGUAGAUUGCUGCGUGCUAUAUUCGAGAUUGUGCUGCAUAGAGGUUGGGCCCAGCUAGUCGAUAAAACACUCGCUCUCUGCAAAAUGGUCGACCGUCGCAUGUGGCAGUCAAUGUCGCCGCUCAGACAGUUUAGGAAAAUGCCGGAGGAGGUGAUAAAAAAGCUCGAAAAGAAGAACUUCCCGUGGGAGAAACUGUACGAACUCGGGCCGAACGAGAUCGGCGAACUGGUCCGAGCGCCAAAACUCGGCAAGAUGAUGCAUAAAUAUGUACAUCAGUUCCCGAAGUUAGAAUUGGCAACCCACAUCCAGCCCAUCACCAGGUCUACUCUAAGGGUGGAGCUGACCAUCACGCCGGACUUCCAGUGGGAUGAGAAGAUCCACGGCCAAUCGGAAGCGUUCUGGAUCCUAGUAGAAGAUGUGGACUCCGAAGUGAUACUUCACCAUGAGUAUUUUCUAUUAAAAGAGAAGUACUGCCGCGACGAGCACCACGUGAAGCUGUUCGUGCCGGUGUUCGAGCCGCUGCCGCCGCAGUACUUCCUGCGGGUCGUGUCCGAUCGGUGGAUAGCAGCAGAAACCCAGUUGCCCGUGUCGUUCCGUCACCUCAUCCUACCGGAGAAGAAUCUACCGCCCACGGAACUGCUCGACCUGCAACCGUUGCCGAUAUCAGCGCUGAGAAACAGCAAGUACGAGGAGCUGUACGCUGACAGCUUUCCGCAGUUCAACCCGGUGCAGACUCAGGUCUUCAACGCGGUGUACAACUCGGACGAGAACGUGUUCGUCGGAGCGCCGGCCGGCUCGGGCAAGUCGGUGAUAGCGGAGCUGGCGCUGCUGCGGCUGCUGUCCAGCUGCUCGGCGGGCGCUGCUCCGCGCGCGGUGUACCUGCUGCCGCGGGACGCGCUCGCCGACAUUGUGUACGCGGACUGGUACCAUCGGCUCGCCGCCAGGUUCGGGCUGAAGGUGGUACAGUUAACAGGCGAAACGGCGACAGACCACAAGCUGCUGAACAAAGGGCAGAUUAUAAUCACGACGGCUGAUAAAUGGGAUGUUCUAUCUAGACGUUGGAAAGUGCGUAAAUCAGUGCAAAGCGUGUCCCUACUUAUAGUGGACGCGCUACAACUGCUCGGCGGCGAGGAGGGCCCGGUGCUAGAGGUUGUAUGCUCCAGGAUGAGAUAUAUCGCUUCGCAGAUUGGUCGUAGCAUCCGUAUAGUGGCUCUUUCCCUCCCAUUAGCAGACGCAAGAGAUGUGGCCCAGUGGUUGGGAUGUAACGCAAAUGCUACCUUCAACUUCCACCCCAGUGUGAGACCGCUGCCUCUGGAGUUGCAUAUACAGGGCUUCAACAUAUCUCACGCGCCGUCCCGCUUGGCAGCUAUGACCAAACCUAUCUACAACGCGAUAUUACGUCACGCGGGAACCAAACCCGCGGUCGUGUUCGUGCCGUCACGAAGACAUUCACGUUUAUUGGCAGCUGAUUUGUUGGCUUUGGCUGCAGCGGCUGGAAGACCGGGCAGGUUCCUGCAUGCAAGGCCAGAUUUGGUACAGCCCUUCUUGGCGAAGAUUCAUGAUAAGAUGCUCAAGGAGACCGUCUCCGCGGGUGUAGCGUACUUACACGAGGGCGUGGAGCAGAGCGACCGGCGCGUGGUGCAGCAGCUGCUCGAGUGCGGCGCGCUGCAGCUGUGCGUCGUCGCCGCCGAGCUCGCGUACGCGUUCGCUGCGCACGCGCACACCGUCAUUGUGGCCGACACGCACGUGUACAACGGAAAACUGCAUUGUUACGAGCAGUACCCCAUAACAACAAUACUGCAAAUGUUAGGACGUGCAUGUCGGCCCUUGGAGGACGAUCACUCAGUCGCAGUACUGAUGUGUGCAGCGCAUCAUAAGAGCUUCUUUACGAAACUACUGAACGACUGUUUGCCUCUUGAGAGUCAUCUGGACCACAGACUCCACGAUCACAUGAACGCGGAAAUAGUCACAAAGACGAUAGAGAACAAGCAAGACGCGGUCGACUAUUUGACAUGGACGUUCCUGUACCGACGGUUAACGCAGAACCCUAAUUAUUAUAACCUACAGGGUGUAACGCAUCGGCACCUCUCGGACCACUUAUCGGAACUGGUCGAAACGACGCUCACGGACCUGGAGCAGUCCAAGUGCAUCGCGAUCGAGGACGAGAUGGACGUGCAGCCGCUCAACUUGGGCAUGAUCGCGUCAUACUACUACAUCAACUACACCACUAUUGAACUUUUCAGUCUGUCCCUCACGUCCAAAACGAAGAUACGUGGUCUACUAGAGAUCAUAUCCUCCGCAGCGGAGUACUCGGAGCUGUGCAUACGACAUCGCGAGGAGAACAUCAUCAAAGCGCUGGCUGCUAAGGUGCCGCACAAGCCGACCAGCAGCGGCGGCGGCGCGGUGAAGUACAACGAGCCGCAAGUGAAGGCGCACGUGCUGUUGCAGGCGCACCUCUCGCGCACGCAGCUGCCGGCCGAGCUGCACGCCGACACGGCGCUCGUCGUUACCAAGGCGAUCCGUCUGAUCCAAGCGUGCGUGGACGUGGUGUCGAGCAGCGGCUGGCUGUCGCCCGCCGUGGCCGCCAUGGAGCUGGCGCAGAUGGUGACGCAGGCGAUGUGGGCCAAGGACUCGUACCUGCGCCAGCUGCCGCACUUCACCGCGGAGCUGGUGCAGCGCUGCGCUGACAAGGUGCGUUCUGGUGGUCUGGUCGCGGGUCUGGUCUGGUCGGACGUCUGCCGGUCUGGUCGCGGGUCUGGUCUGGUCGGGAGCUGGCGCAGAUGGUGACGCAGGCGAUGUGGGCCAAGGACUCGUACCUGCGCCAGCUGCCGCACUUCACCGCGGAGCUGGUGCAGCGCUGCGCUGACAAGGUGCGUUCUGGUGGUCUGGUCGCGGGUCUGGUCUGGUCGGACGUCUGCCGGUCUGGUCGCGGGUCUGGUCUGGUCGGGAGCUGGCGCAGAUGGUGACGCAGGCGAUGUGGGCCAAGGACUCGUACCUGCGCCAGCUGCCGCACUUCACCGCGGAGCUGGUGCAGCGCUGCGCUGACAAGGUGCGUUCUGGUGGUCUGGUCGCGGGUCUGGUCUGGUCGGACGUCUGCCGGUCUGGUCGCGGGUCUGGUCUGGUCGGGAGCUGGCGCAGAUGGUGACGCAGGCGAUGUGGGCCAAGGACUCGUACCUGCGCCAGCUGCCGCACUUCACCGCGGAGCUGGUGCAGCGCUGCGCUGACAAGGUGCGU